AUGGAGGCGCCAAGCAACAGAGAGCAUGAGCCACCAGAGGCGGCCAUGAGUAAACCGACGACGGAAGAAGGGGAGGACCAGAAUGGGAGCCCGCAGGCGGAGGGGACGUUGCAGUCGGAAGGCGCAUCUCUCAGCAAGGAGGAGCUAGUGCAAAUCAUCAAAAACCAAGACCAGACGUUGGAAAUACUAAAGAAGGAAAUCGAGGCGCUCAAGAGGAGAGGGGGCGCACUGCCUACUCCGGGUUCGAAACGAAGGGAAAGGGAAGAAGACAGGGAAGGGGCCUCCAGCUUUGUCAGGCGAACAGAGGAGAUGGGACAUCUGACUAGGCACUUGGGGUCGGACUUUGACGAGCACAAUGGAUGGGUUCAAAGGCGCAUGGGUAGGAGAUGGGGCGUGCGACAGCCCUUGGCUCGAAGAAUCCUCUCGGAACUAGCCACUUCCAUCAUUCCCGCGUUGUCAACCUAUGAUUGGACAACUGAUCCGGAGGACCAUCUAAACAACUACUUCACCAAGAUGCAACUUUAUUGA